AUGCUGAGAAGAUUGAUUAUAAGGCGCGCUCAGCGCAAUCCGUUUCACACAUCCGGUUCCAUCAAUGGCAUUCGAGGAUGGGAGGCUCCUCAAUAUUAUAUUUACGGCCCGACAAUAAAAAGGCCAAGCAUCCAUCAAAAGAAAAACAUCUUGCUACCAAGUAACAGCAAACAUUCACGCACGUUAUUCACAAGUUCCAUCCCACCUCUCCUACUCCCACCCGUUAUCUUCAUUGGGCUCCUCCUCGGCCUCUGGACGUGGAAAUGUUUCUGGAUCAUUGUCAUGCAGAACAAACUGUUGUAUCUCUCUUGGCUCCCACCAUUUUCACGCUCAGACAAAAUCUCCGAAUAUGAGUCUGAAUGCAAGCCCGUACGCUGGCAAGAAAAACGAAUUCGAAGUCUCGAUGGGACAAAAUUGGCUGUCUGCGAAGGACACAUCCCAGUCCAAGACCAGCGCCAGAAGCCAAUUGAUUCAAGGGAGAAAAUGAAGAAAAAGUCAGUUGUGAUUUGCUAUUUCCAAGGAAAUGGCGGGUCGACACCUCUUCGACUCCCGCUUCUCUCGCAGGUUUUGCGAACCAUCGCGACGAAGUCCCAACCAACACCCGAUGACCCGAGCUAUUCCAUUGUUGCACUGUCGUACCGCGGAUACUGGACAUCCUCGGGUCGCGCAACCCAAUCAGGCAUCGAACUCGAUGCCCAGGCAUUUCUGAACUGGGUAUCAGAAACAUACUCAGCACCAGACACGGACCUGCAGAUUAUCCUCUGGGGCCAUAGCCUCGGAUGCGCCGUUGCAAGCUCCGCGCUUUCUUCAUAUCUCACGCGUCGCCAUGCGGAACAAUCCACGGGUCCGGCUAGGCUAGCACCAAUAGCCGGACUGAUACUAGAAGCGCCCAUCUCCAGUAUCAAAGAUAUGCUGAUCGGGCUGUAUCCUCAAAAAUGGCUGCCGUAUCGGUAUCUCUGGCCGUUCUCGUGGAAUACCUGGUGCACUGCUACCGCGCUGGAGCAACUUGCUGAUUAUCGCGAUCGCACCGCAGGAGAUCAAUCGGUUCCUCCAAUCUUGAUUUUGUCUCCCGAACAAGACGAGGUCGUUCCACCGGAGGUGGCGGGUCGCUUAGAGAGCAGAGGCCAUGAUCUUGGACUGGAUAUUGCAAGGAAAGAUGUGCCGAGAGCGAUGCAUAUCGAAGCGCCGAUUAAGAUUGAUGGAAGAGAAGCAUUGGUACAUACGACCACAGGGUGUGGAGAACAGGGCUUCCCGUCCGCUCAGCCGUACUUAAGCCACACGCCGGCUAGUUAG